UAAAACAGCUAAAAAGCAAAUUCCUCGCAUUUAUUUACAAACUAUUUCUCAAAGUAGAGAAGCGCAAUAAUACAAUAGUCCUGGAUAAUGGUAAGAUCAAUGCACUGCCGUGGGGACGGUGGUGGGGACUACGUUAUUUUUGCAAUGGUGGAGUGUGGCGGUUCUGUGUUGCCCGGUUCUGUUGUGAUUCUCAGUUUCAGCACGUGUCGGCACGCUUUGCGUGCCCGAAAGUUCCCUCGACGACCGAUCGCUACACUACGGCUCACGAAUCGCCUGACAAACUGCGAUCGAACCAUCGAACGUCGAGCGUGUACAAACAAUGGUCGUCUGUCAAGCGUGCGGCGGCGAGACGUUCGAAGAAGUCUCGGGCCUCUACUACUGCUCGGAGUGCAACACGCAGAGCCAGGAGGUCCGGCUCGAAGAGGUCGACGACGCCUUCACGGCGAACGUCACAUACGGCCGCUCUUCGUCCCGCUCCCCGUCGCGAUCGCCACGCAGCGAUGACUCCGGCGACGAGGGGGCCCCAACCAAGAGGCCCUACCCGACCAACGAGCUCUUCAACAUCAUCCUCGUGCGGCAGGUGAACGCGCUGGUGUCGCUGGGCGCCUCGCCCAAGCUCAGGACCACGGUGUGCUCGCUGUGGAUGCGGUACCUGGUCAAGGUGGAAGCCCUCUCGCAGAACGACGACGGCUCCGUCGACGAGUUCGUGCCCCGUGUCAGCGUGGUGAACCGCUGGAGCGACCUGAGGACCGCGGAAGAGAUGAUGUCGGCCGGAGCCGAGGACACGCAGAGGCGCAAGGUGAGGAAAGCGCUCUUCUCGAGCGGAGUCCGAACUCGGCUGCUGUCGCGUCCCCUCCGCAAUAUGUUGAAGCAGAAGGUCCGAAGCGUCCCCCGAAAGAAACAAAACUUGGACUCGGACUACGAGACCGUCUCGGAAGGAGAGGACUCUGACCAGGAACUAGACUUGGUCUCCGGCGUCGCCAGGGACUACUUGGAGAGGGCGACCGAGCGCGGGGAGGACAUCCACUCCAAGAAACUGACGAGGGAAGCCGUGAACCUGCUCGUCACGAUGCGCAAGCUGGUAUGCUUCCUCUACCUCGGGGUGCUGUUGAACAGGGACCCGAUCCUGCUGUCCGACAUCCUCCGGUGGAUCAGUGACGGCCACGUCCCCUACCUUAACGCUGUCCGUCUGCUUCCGCCGGAUGUCCGGCUUUGGGGCGCACAGUGGGGCUGCUUCGUGCGGCAGCUUCCGCCCCAGGCCGAAACUGUUGCCUGGGAGACCGCCUACCUGGCCGAGUUCCUCGGGGUCAAGCAGGAACUGACCCCUCCAGACGUCCUGCCCGUCCUGGGCCGCCUGCUCGUGGACCUCAACCUGCCGCUCGGACUGCUCGACGUCUGCCGCAUGGUCCUCGCCGUGUUUCCAAACCUGGAGCUGCAGUGGCACUGGUCCAGGGAGGGGUCAGAGUCCCCUGUCUGUCUUCAGCCCAGCUGCGAAGUGAGGGCAGCAGCCAUACUGCUCCUGGUGCUCAAACUCGUGUUUCUGCUCGACGGCAAGCGGGAGAAGCGCGUCUCGAGCGAAGCCGAGAAACUGCAGGAACCCUGUUCCGGACGUCGCCUCUUUUCCUGGUCGCAGUGGGAAGAGCACACAAGGGCGAGGAUCCUCCUGCUGCGCUCCAACUGCUACCUGUUCGAACCGGAUGACGUAGACAUGUUGCGCAGUGUGGUUCCGCUUCUGCGGGAACCCAGGGAGCCGCUCUCCAAAACCUCUCCUGUCGCCAUGGCACUCCGUGAGGGACUCCAGAAGGCAUUCCGAGAGAUGCACGGAGAGAACCUUGCGUGGCAGCAAGUGCCUCCUUCGAGCUUCGCCCUGACGACUGCCGUCGACUUCUUUGCACAGAGGCCGGAAGUGUCGCCAGGACUGAAGCAGGCGCUGGAUGAGGAAUUUCUGCACACGGACGUGACCUACCUGACAAGAAACCGCGGGGAGCUCGCCGAGCUUGGAGAGUGGAACGACCUGAUUCGGCGGCACCCCGAGUUCGGACGUGUGGCUAGAAAGCGUUGUGAGCACUAUUGGAUCAUGCACCCGCCCCCACUAAGGAAGACUAAGUACAGGUGCGUGCGUCAUCGUCUGCCGUCCGAUUUUGUUUGGCUGCUGGAGUUCUUGGCUACGGUGGUGCACUGCGAGGCCGGGAAGUUAUAUGCGGACCUCGUUUCUCUGGAGAAGAAAAGCAUCAUCAGACGACGCUCCUGACAAGGUCAUUUGAUGCGGGCUCGUACGUCUUUGCGCAGUUGAAUUCAGGCCAUAAAAGGCUUCCACCAUGAAGACAUAUCUUAAAGGUGCACUAAAGUUGUUUCUGAGAUUGUCUGUUGUUGGUGAUAAUUAGUCUUACGGACUCUAAGCAUCCUAGGAAUCCAAAAACUAUGCUUGUGAGACGUCUAUUUCCCUACUAAAAAUGUGAUAAAAGUUUGUGCCAUGUACCUUUCUGAGCAGAAAAAUGUGGAGCACAGAAUUCAUCGUAAGCGCUGGUGACGUGACGACGGGCGCGCGUCGGCCACUCUCAAGCCGUUUCUCUUGGAAAGGCGGCUUGCUAUUGGCUGACGCGCGCCCGUCGUCACGUCACCGGCGCUUCCGCUAAAGUUUGUGCUCCAGAUUUUUGCGGUCGGAAAGGGACACGACACAAACUUUGAUCAUGUUAUUAGUAGGGAAGUACACAUUGCACGAGCGUAAUUUUUCGAUUUCUGGGAGGCUAAGAUCCCAUAAAAUCAGUUACCACCAAGAACUGACGUUCUCGGAGACGUCCUUAGUUCACCUUUAAGUGUAGUUUUUUUUCAGAUGCGACUUUGUGUAUUGAACACUGUUUUAUUGUGCUGAACUUAAGGAAUGUUAUUCCACACUCCAUGAAGGAGAAAAUGGUGUCGUAGGAGAGGCAUAUGUAACCAAAAAAAGGCAAUAUGACAUAGCUACAGCACAAGUUAUUUCGGCGAUAGGUUGUCUGUGUGGCAACUGCUCUGAUGCAGCCUCUCGGGAUGUAGAGCGCUCACUGAUAACGGUAUCCCAUUACUUGUUGCCAAUAAUUUCAGUAAGGCAGUAUGUGAUUGGUACUACAGCAAAACUUCUGGUUAAUUUAUUUUGGCAUGGCAGGUAGUAAAGAACACCCUCGAUGCGUCUCAGCAUGGCAAAGAAUGGUUGUCUUUUGGUAAGAGUGCACGCAGGGAAUGACAAAGAAGUAGGGUCGUUCAUACCUCCCUACGUGUCUUGGAAGUGGGAUUUUCGUCAUAAAGAGGUACGCUGUACUGCAUUGUUAGGUUUCCUGAGGUGAUAUGGUAGACGGAAAAGAACACGACACAUGUGAAAGAAGCAGACUAGCAACUGUUUAUUUUCUGUUUCUUCCUCCUGUAUACCAAAAUUUUGAAAAAAAAGACCUGGGUCAAACCAAGUGGCCCAAAAUCGAAGCAUGGUUAGAUUUUUUGGCAGCCAAUGAAGUAGCAGAUGUGCAGAAGUCACAAAAUCCAAUGUGUAAGCUGCGUUUAAAUCGUAUGACUUCCAGAACUCUGUACAAUACGGACACAGAGGGAGUCAAUAAUCUUUAUAUGAUUGCAAAUUCAUUGGAGAGACGAUUGUUCAGCCACCAGUGUUGGGAAGUACUUUAAGUACAUUGUGCUUAAAGUGCUACUUUAAGGAAGUAUAAAAUACUUGUAUCUUACUUGAAGUACAAUCUCCGAGUAUAUACUUACACUUUUUUUUCUACUUUUUUUUUUGUACUCUCCGAGGAAAGUACAACUCUUGAUGUCAUUGUACAUUCCCCAAAUUAGGUCUCGCUUAUUUUAUAUCACAAAAUUACACUUUGUCAAAUCUGAGGCCAGUUGACUUUAUUCAAUAUUCGCUGCCACUUUCGAAAGUAAUUGAUGCACCCCUAGUAUCUCUGGAGCAAUGCAUAUUUAGUUAAAAACACUUACAACUUUACUUGAAAUACAUAAGCUCUCAUUUACUUCGUGCUUUGCUCGCAGUAUUUUUUAGAUGUACUUUACCCAACACUGUUGACCACCGAUGUGCAUCUAUUAUUCUGGCUAUUCACCAUCUUGAGUCGUCACCUUUGGAGCUUGGCGCACCUUGGCUGUGUCUACGUCUCUAAGCACACUGGAGAAUUUCCUAGAAAGAAGGUUAGGCAUUGUUCCUCGCCCUGUCUUAGUGAAAUGAAUGCUUAGGCAUUCCCUACUUUGUGCAUUGUGCGGUUUGCUUUGGUUUGUUCAAACAUGAAAAUGGUGUCAUUGCCUUUUUUUGACGACACCCGGCUCUGCCUACGAAACAUACAACAUUAAAUUUGUUUUUAUACUGAC